UCUCUUUCCUCUCAUCUCGUCUGUCUCUUUUAAUCCUCUCCUGGGUUGUUUCGGCAUUGGUGUGUGAAGCACAUCAGCAGUGUCAGUAGUCACUUUCUCUUACUCUGCAAACAAACAGACAAUCCCAAAAUUAAUGUCUUCAAACUUCUUCUUCUUUAUACUUGUAGCUACACUAAUUUCAUAAGUAUCAAACAAAUCCUUGUAAAACUCUGCAUUGUUACACAUAUUCCAUCGGGCUAUCUCUCAUAACUUCCCCAUUCAAUGGAGAAUGCAGCCUCACCCAUCUCCAUUCCCGAGAAAACCCCUCCACGAAACCCACCAGAGGCCUGUCCAAAGCCUUACAAGAAAAGCUUUGUUACUACUCUGAUGGAAGCCGCCACUCUCCGCUCUCCUUCUUUCAAGGAAGACACAUACUUUAUCUCCCAUUUGAAGUCUUCUGAGAAGAAGGCGUUGCAAGAACUGAAGGAUAAGCUUAUGGCUUCUUAUGGCCCUGACGGGGAAUGCACCAUGUGGGGAAUCCCUCUUCUCGGUGGAGAUGAAAAGGCUGAUGUCAUUUUAUUGAAGUUCUUGCGAGCUAGGGACUUCAGGGUCUCGGAUUCGUUUCACAUGUUGGAAAAGUGCCUUGCUUGGAGAAAAGAGUUUAAGGCUGACAAUGUUGCAGAGGAGGACAUGGGAUUUAAAGAGCUUAAGGGAGUGGUUGCUUAUAUGCAUGGCUAUGAUAGGGAAGGGCACCCCGUUUGCUACAAUUCUUAUGGGGUUUUUGGAGACAAGGACAUACAUGAGAGAAUCUUUGGUGAUGAAGAGAAGCUGAAGAAGUUUUUGAGAUGGAGAGUUCAAGUUCUGGAGAGAGGAAUAAAUCUCCUGCAUUUCAAGCCUGGUGGGAUUAACUCUAUUAUUCAGGUGACUGAUAUCAAAGACAUGCCCAAAAGAGAGCUUAGGGUCGCAUCAAAUCAGAUCCUCUCUCUCUUUCAAGAUAAUUACCCUGAAAUGGUGGCUCGAAAGAUUUUCAUCAAUGUCCCAUGGUACUUCAGUGUGCUGUAUUCAAUGUUCAGCCCAUUUCUAACGCAGCGAACUAAGAGCAAGUUCGUGAUCUCCAGAGAAGGAUAUGCAGCAGAAACGCUCUACAAAUUCAUAAGGCCUGAAGAUGUUCCAGUACAGUAUGGUGGACUGAGUCGACCCAACGACUUGCAGAACGGUCCUCCAAAACCAGCCUCCGAGUUCACUGUCAAAGGCGGAGAGAAAGUGAACAUUGAAAUUGAAGGGAUUGAGGCUGGUGCAACCAUAAUGUGGGAUCUGGUAAUAGGAGGCUGGGAUUUGGAAUAUAGUGCAGAGUUCGUGCCCAAUGCGGAGGGCAGCUACACCAUUGCAGUGGAGAAGCCAAGGAAAUUGAGUCCUUCAGAGGAGGCCGUUCACAAUUGCUUCACAUCAAGAGAAGCUGGCAAAAUGGUACUUUCUGUGGAUAACACUGCUUCCAGGAGAAAAAGGGUUGCUGCUUAUCGUUAUAACGUCCGCAAACUAGCCCUGGUGUAGCUUCAAUAGGAGUUUUAAGAGUAUUUAUCUUGAUUUUUGUUUUAUUUUGGUCUUUGUUCCUCCUUGAAGGGGUUAAUUAAUGGUUGAGAACUUUCAUUUUUUCCACUCUACUUGAGAGUACUAUGACAGCUUUUUGCUUUGUCUGCAAGCCUGUGAUUCUUGAAAAAAGGGGUUUUGCUCACAGCUUAGCGAAAUCAAUCCGUAUAGUGAAGAGAGAUUUUGCUAGCUUUGUGUCGGGAGUCUUGAAAGGGAAUUUGGUUGUGGUCACAAUCUUCUGUUGAUUUCCCAAAAAAAAAUUGGCUUGCCUGGGUGCGUUUCAGAAGGUUUUGAAGUGGUGAUGAUGGGGGAUUUCACAUUCACAGUCGGGUUGACUGUGUGGCCAGGGCUGAAUUGAGUUUGUUAUACAGCUGGAGACUACUAAAAUCACUUCCAACUAUUUCUUUCUUGAAAUUUGAAUUGAAAAGGAGUUAGUAGGAAACAUAUCUGGGAUUGUGCCCUUUUU